AUUUCCUGUACUUCCUGUAAAUAAAUAAAAAAAAAAUGUAUUAUUUUAAAAGUAUUCAACUUUCAGAAAUUGAGACGUGUCAGAAUCCAACCCGUUUUGAUGCUAGAAAAAGGGCGUGGCUAACUAUGUAGCCACGUAUACUAAUUAAUUUUUGUUUCAGAGUGAAAUAAUCAAACGCUGGUAUUAUUUAAGACCUUUUUUGAAACCGAUUUCCAGGUGCGAUUGAAAGAGGAAAACGAAAUCAAUUGUUUCUUGUACGACUGAUAAUCACUAAUGUAGAAAGAAUGAAUCAAAAUAACGGAUAAAGCGAACACAACUAGACACAAAAAAAUUGUCAACUGUUUAGCUAUCGCCAUGACGGCGAAAAUUUUGAUCACAAAAUUGAAUCCUAUUUCUUUUGAUUUUGAGCAUUAACUUAAACUUAAAUCAAGGACUUGGUUUAGGGAACGUACGAGUAGCUGUUGAGGGAAAAAGUGUACUGACUCUUACUGGCUCGGCACAGUCACGAUUCAAAUUGGACUAGCCAAUCAGACGAUUACUUUUCGAUAACGCCCCUCGAAAAUGGCCGGCCUCGACGCGGAAAUCCCGCCUUGCGGAUGAGAUUGAAAGUGUUUUCCAUCACCAGUCAGUCGUCGUGUUUAGAGAGCGAUGCAACAUCAAGUUGCAAGUCUCGACAAACACUUCCGCUCUACGGCGUUUAUCAUUUUGAGACACAUGGAAUUCGCCCUGGGCAAAUGUGUGAACCAACGCGUCCCGUUCAAACGGCGGAGAUAUUUCAUCUAUUUCCAAUUAGGCCUCAUUUUAAUAUUUUUCGUGUAUUUCAGCCGGAAGCUACCGGACCCGCAUCCGCCAAAAGAUGAACCGCGAGGGAAAUUAUUUUGCGCUCACAAUCAUUUAGCCAUUAAACGGCCCAAAGCUGACGGCGUCGUCAUCAAACCGGAUAUCCAUCCGGAAGAAUGGAGAAUGUACGACGGAACGUCUCGAAACAUUUCAGAUCAGCGCAUCUUUUUCCACGAAACGAGCGGUCGCAGCCAACUGAGUCUGAGGCAAUGCUGUGCCGUCGAAUCGGCGGCCAGAAAUAAUCCCGACCGUCCAGUCCACCUGCUGAUGCGGUCAUCGACAAACUGCGCCACCGACCCAAUAAUUUCCCAGCAAUUACCCAUUAAUCCAUCCUGGCUCAAAGUUCUAUCUCGAUACCCAAACGUGGAAAUUGUCUUGUUGAACGAAGACCACUACUUUGCUGGAACACCGUUGGAGGACUGGUACACCAAGGGAGUGUGGCGUACGAGCCGGUUCGAGAUGGGACACCUGUCCGACUACAUACGCGUCUUGACGCUCUACAAAGGUGGCGGACUCUACCUGGACAUGGACAUCCUGACUCUGAAGGCCUUCCAGGGCCCCGUGUUUCGAAACUGUUUGGUCUACGAGAACGCCGCCAAGGACACAAUAGGCAACAGCGUACUGCACCUGGAGCGCGGACACCAUUUGAGCGGUGAAUUAAUUCGAUUGCUGGCGGAAGAAUACGAUCCGGAAGCUUACGUCUAUCACGGGCCGGAUGCCAUCGCGGAAAUCAUGAACCGCGUCUGCGGUCUGGUGGCGGGAAAUCCGAAAUCGAACGAGUGCAACAACGUCCGACUCUUGUCCCACCGCUACUUCCAUCCAGUGGCAGCCAUGUUUUCGCACAUGUUAUUUCAAAUUGACGGCAACAUGAGCGAUGUUGAAACGCUGUUCGAAAUCAAAGAGAGCUUCGGCCUCCACUUGUGGAAUUCCAUUUCUCUACAUCACCCGAUUAAUGUAGAUAAUAAAAAUCAAAUUGUGGCCAUUCUGGCCAGAGAGCAUUGCCCACUGACCGUUAGUAGAGCAGCCGAUUUCAAUUAAUCCUCUAAAGAUCUGACGAGAUGGAAUUGAUCCUGUUUCAGAGUUUAUUCAAAUAAUAUGACUAAAUUGAUUAUUCUCCAAGAAUAAUUGUCAAUCAUUCCCGGUUUGACGUUUUAUAGUGUUAAACAUAUUCCUGUUAUUAUUUCUUGUUUAUAAAUACAC